CAUAAAGUGCAAUGUGUUAAACAUGCAGAUCUGUAUUAUACAGGGACAUAGUUUAACUCCAGCGGUCAACUCUGUUUGCUCGGUCAGUUAGUGAACCAGGAAUUGAUCAAACAUAUCCUUCUCUUCUUACACAGGGCUUUGAAUCCUUUGUAUAUUAAAUGACAGUAGCUGCAAUAUCUCUACUAUACCCAGGUUUAUAGCUUAUUAAUGGAUUGAUUAAGAGUGAGAAUUUUAUCACAGUGGUGUCAGAUUCUAAUUGGAUCAGUAUUUGAAAUAUUAUGUAUGUGUGACUGGAAAGAGAAAAUUCAGGUCAAGCAGUGUUUAUGUGUUUUUUUUCCUGUAAGUGAAUUACUGCAGUCUUUAAGCCUAAAUUAUGCAUCUGUGUUAAAUGACAUGUGAGGGUCAUUCAAGUGUGAAAAAGUGCUGGAAUUAUUAUUUACCUGCUUGAAUGUGAACUGCAGUAAAAUUAGCAGGUACUGAGGUAUUUUUAUGAAUCCGAACUGGAAUUCAGUGUUCAUUAACAGCACGCCUCUCUCACUUCAGUGAUUCCGCAGGUCCCCUAGAUGAACUCAUGACAACAUUGAUCACUUGUGAAGAACGUUUUUUGUAGUAAAAUCUUCUAGUGUUGUGAUUUUUGCAGGUUCACGGAACAUUUGGAGCUUUUAUUGAUUUCUUUUCUUUAUCUAUUGUGUAAAAAUUAUCAUUUAACAUAUACCUGUAUAUAUACUUGAAAGGAAAAGGUAGAGGAUGCGGCAGUAACUCUUAAUUAGCAAUUAUCUUUUUAGUCAAUGUGGAUAUUAGUGUUUUGUCAUUAUGGAAUCAAAACAAAUUCAUUUCUGUAAGGAUGCCAGGGUCACAUUUUAUUCGGAGUUGACUGUCGACUGUGAGAUCCUGUAUCUGUAUUGGUAGGGAGAUUUGUUAUAGCAAGGCUCCUAAUGUGGAGACAGAAUUUUCUCUGCUAAAGGAUAUGGUAUGGUUCAAUGCUGAAACUGACUUAGAACUGGAGAAAAAUUCCACUAAAGUACUCCAUGAAGAACCUCACCCGGACCCACAAACCUCCUUAGACAACAUGGUCCUCAGUCCCACGGGGCCGUUUAUCCCAGGGGAGGGGGACUACCAGUAUGGACAGUCUGACCGCAUGGUCACCAGCACUAUCAUCGACAAAAAGAAGAAGGGGGCAGGUGUUCCAGGAAAGAGCAUCGAGGAGGAAUUGUGUCGGAUUUGUGGAGACCGGGCCUCGGGCUACCAUUAUAAUGCUCUCAGUUGUGAGGGAUGUAAAGGAUUUUUCCGUCGCAGUAUUACACGAGGUGCUACUUACAACUGUAAAUAUGGCGGAAAUUGUGAAAUGGACAUGUGGAUGCGACGGAAAUGUCAGUCGUGCCGCCUCAAAAGAUGUCGAGAAGUCGGCAUGAAAGAAGAAUGCCUUCUUUCAGAAGAACAGUGCAAAGCAAGAGAUGCAAGAAGGAAAGCCAAACAACGAUAUACUCAAAAUGUUCAGGAAGAUAGACCCGAAAAGAAGCCUGCCUUAAACACUGAGUGUAACUCUAACUCAGGGGAGGGGUUUGAGAACAAGGGGUCGUGUGCACCGGAGGUUAAGUUCUCUUCCACUCUUUCACCUUAUGCCAUUAUAGACACUAGGCCCAUUCACUCCGUCACGGAAGAUACACGGAAGUUGAUCGAGAAGCUGGUCAAACUUCAGGACAAAUACGAGUUUCCCGAGGAGUCCAAAGUUGACGAUGCUAUAGAUAUUGACCCCAGUAAGGAGGAAUCAGGAGAACACGUGCUGAUGAGUCUGUCCAAGAUGACAGUCCUAAUCACUCACCUUAUUGUGGAGUUUGCCAAAAGCCUGCCAGGUUUCUCCAAACUCAACAAAGAGGACCAAAUUAUUUUGCUCAAGGCUGCCUCUAGUGAAGUUAUGGCCUUACGAGCCAGUAGAAUGUAUGACCCUGCAUCAAGAUCCAUUGUGCUGGCUAACGGCAUUCCACUGACGAUCUCGAACAUGGAAGCUACAGGUCAACCCAGGGAAUACACAGAGCUUGUCUUCAAACUUUGUCAUGACAUGGCUGACCUCAACUCGGACAACGCAGAGUAUGCCCUCUUCACUGCCGUUAGUAUAUUCUCAGCUGACAGGGCUGGCUUAACUAACCGUGACUUGGUGGAGCAGAUUCAGAAGGUAUACGUGGAUGCUCUGGAUGAGUAUGAAAGCAAAAAACGGGUCAAAGGUGGAUGUGCUCUGGCGAAAUACUUGCUACGCCUCAUCGACCUGCGAAAUAUCAGUGCAGAGCACUCCAGAAUGCUGACAAUUCUGCCCAUAGAUGAGGCCGCCAUGCCUUCUGUUGUGAGAGACAUAUACCUGCAGAGUGAUAAAUGAAGGCAAAAAAAAAAUAAUUUUGAAAAAAAAAUGAUGUGGACAAUGUGUUUUUUGAAAAAAAAAAUAUACAAGGGUGCUUGAAUGGAGAGGCAGAUGUGCUGAAAGUGAGGAAACGUUAAAAGGCAAUUUUGGUGCAGAACUUGUGAAAAAGAAUUUGUUAUAAAUGAAUUCUGAGGAAUGAGGAAGAACAAUUAUGAAUCUUAUCACACUCGUACAAGUUUCUUAUUGGUAUUAAAACAUCUAAUGUUGAUUCAGGUUAUACUUAUAUAUAUAUCUAAAUAUCGUUAUAUAUAUCUGAGUGGGGAAAAUGUGUGUAUGUAUAAAAUGUAUGAGAUAUGCUUUUCCCACUCUUUAAAAAAAAACAUAUUGUGUAUUGUUAAUCUGAUCAUGGUUAUGGUUAGUUGCUAUAGUAACAACCAAUGGGAAUGAUCUAAAGACUCCCAUUGAAAACUGAUCUGCUCAAAAAGUGUUGUGUUCCUGUUUUUCAUUGGCUCUUUGAACUGUACUUUACCCAUGUAUUCCGUAUGUGAAAUCGUAUAGUGUGUAUUUGAAAUAGUGCAUUAGAAACAAGUAUAGAUUUUUGUAGUAGUGUUGAAAGAUAUCAACGUUCAGGGACUGUGUUUUUUUUAAUGGCUGCCAUUUUGAUAGGGCCCUCUUUUAAAACUAUUGCAAGCAAGUGCUCUUCACUGAAGAGCAGUUUCUAAAUUUUUUAUGCCAGAUAAUUUGAUGGUUCAAUUAGGGCUGUGAAUUGUUUUUAGCCAAAAGAUUGUGGGUUUUUUUUACAUUCAGAGAUACUCAGAAGAUUUUGUUAUCCUGUAAAUUGUGCACACUGGAAAUAUUGCUUAAGCAGUUUUGUUUUUUAAUUGUUUUCAUUCUUUUCAUAUCUCUGUUUGAAAUUGAAAAGAGUUUUGACCAGAGUCAAUUCAGUGAGCGAUCUCAAUGGAUAUUGUUUUAUGCUUUUCUCGUUCCUUGCUGUAGUAUUUGUGCCGCCCAGAGUUUCAAACCAAGCAAAUUUUUUUUCUUACACUGUAAAGUCAUCAAUUUUUAUCUUUCAAAACAUGCUUAAGGGAGAUUAUUCUUCAGGAUUUAUCCUCAUUGUUUCAAUUGACUUUUUGAUAAAGAUUACCAUAUAACUUUAACCAUUAUAAGGCAGACCAUAGCAUAUAGUUCCCAUCUAAUAGGCAUUUCUUACAUGGACCGCAAAGGCUAUGUAACAUAACUAGAACCUCAAGCAUCAUAAAAAAUGUAUUUUAAUAGCAGUGUAGAUGAAAAUGUAUAUGUUAAAAAAUAAUUUAUUGUGAUGAAACAAGAUAUGGUACUUUACUAUGGUAAUGUUUAGAUUUUUUCUGAUGCUCAACGCAUGCCAAAAUUUUGCUUCCUUUGCAUGAAUUACGGGCAGGUUCUUUCAAUGAAAUUCAAAAUUAUACAGCAGACUAGGAAUUAAGUUGAACUGUACUCAUAGCCAAAUCUAUAUGGUAAGGAAAUUAAUCUUAAAAUCUUUUUAUUAAACAAGCAUUAUAUCUGGAUAGCUCACUGACUCAAAUUAUUCUAAUAUGUAAAACUCAAAAUUGUUCAAAAAAGUGGUGAUUUAGCUAAGUUUUUUUUCUGUAGAUUUUAGGAAAUACAUAUUCCUGGUGCAGGGCAUCCAUGACUUUACAGUCAAAACCUAUUAUCUUAAACUUAAUUGGACAGAGGAACACAAUAAGAAUUUAGCAUGAAAAUUCAUAUGAAAGGUUGAUGGGGGUUUUCAACUGCUAUAGUAUACCAGACGUGGAGUUUUAGAUACAAGAGUUUUUUCUGUAUUUCUAUGUUCUAGUGGUGUAAUGGAAGAUUUUUCAGUUCUUGCUGCAUGCAUUAUUUAAAUAAUUUCCAGACACUCUAAGUUGUUUGUGAAAAUAUAUUUAGUUCCUUGGCACCUCACUAUUUGUUUGUGAGUUGUUUUUUUUCACAUUGUGGAUUUGUAAGACUCCCAUGAAAUGGACUUAAUUCUCAUGACAUAUUAUAUCAAUAGUUUUUUAGCUCACCUAAGCCAAAGGCUGAAUUAAGCUUUUCUGAUCAAAAUUUGUCUGUUUUUUGGCAUUGCAUCUGCCAUUGUAAACUUUUCACAUUUUUAAUUUCUUCUCCAGCGCCACUGGGUCAAUUACAACCAAACUUGGCAUAGAGUAUCCUUGAGAAAAGGGGAUUCAAGGCUGCACCCUUGUCCAAGUGAAGAUAUUUAAGAAAUAGUGAAAAUUGUGUUGAGUAAUUUUAAACUCUUCAGCUCAAAAAAACACUAAGCCAGAAAAUUUCUGACAUGUUAAAACUCUCUGAGGUAGUGUAGAUUCAAAUUUCUUCAAAUCAUGACCUCCAGGGGUCGGAUGGGGCCACAAAGGGCAAUCAAAGAUUUAACUAGGAAUACUUAAGGAAUUUUUAAAAAAAAUCUUCUCAAGAACAGCAAGGUCGUGAUUGGUCCUAUAUAAAAUGGAGAAAAUCUGCAAAUAAAAGAUAAGGGCCAUAGUUAAUCAGGUGAGUGUUGUGGCUCAUGGGCCCAUUGCUAUUCUGUUGCUGCAGUUUCAUAAUAUAUUUCAUGGAGAAUAUUGCUGUUCAGGUUUUAAGCUAAGAAUUGGAUCCAGGAUAUUUUGUAUGUUGUGAAACUGUACGUAUUUUUUGCAUUAUGUGUUCAUCGGUUUGUCCUUCCAUUUUGUGAUGUGUUACCUGUCCUCAUAGGUCAUAGGUCUUAAAAAAUCUUAAGUUGAUUUCUGAUUGUCUUGUAAAAUAAGAGAAAUGAGGCAUUUUUAUUUAAAAUUGUUAAUUAAAUAUGGUUUACAUCAUAACAAGCCCUGGAAUGAAAAUUGGACACUUCGAUGGUAAACAAUGUUAACACCCUCUCAGGGACAUACAUAGUGUAAUAUAGAUUAUAUAUAUACAUGUAUUAUUUAUUUCACACACUUUCUUUUUUGCUCAGGAAGAGCAACUUGCCACAAAAGUGAUUUUUUUUUUACAUGGUUAGUAACAAACAAUUUAAAAUUUGAUUUUGAAGAGCCAAAGAAAGAAAUCUAGCUGAAGAAAAUAUAUGUAAUUUAGAUUGUGUGUUUGACAAAUUGACUAAGCAACCAAAGGCUUUGUAUAUGCUAUAUCUGUAUUUAUUUCUAUAUGAAUUUUAAAUCAUUUUCUUUUAAAUAGAGAAAGAAAAAAACAAACAGUAGUUGAUUAGUUAUGAUACACUGUAUAGUAUGUCCAUGACAUCAAAAUAUACAAGGUCACAGAAGCUGUUUAACACAACUGUUUUAGUUUGGAAUAAACAUCUUAGGGCAUUUCAAUUGAUAGACAAAAAAUCAUUUUUUAAUGAUUAGUUGCAGUUAAAUUUUCAAUAAUGCUUAAACCUUUUUUCAUUAGUUAAAAAAAACAUUUUUUUAUUAAUUCUCUAUAAGCUGUUAAUUGUUUUUUUUUAACUGCAAUUUUCAGAUAAUACAAUAUGUUCUGUUAUUUGUCUUUUCUUUUAAACUACAUGUGUACCUCAAAAUUAUCUCAGAUUAUCUCGUAUAUUAUACGAUUUGUGAUUUGACUUGAAUUAGAAGUGCUAUAGUAUUGUUUUAUAUUUUCAUUAUAUAUAUAUGAGCUCUACCUCAUUUUUGUGAAGAUGUACUGAGCCGUGUCUAUUGUAUGAUGGGUCAUUAGAAGAAAAGCAUUGCUGUAGCCAAUGUUAUUUUUAGAUCAGUGUCCAUAAGAAACUGUUAAAUAUCCUCAGCAGAAUAAAUCUUGUAAAUAUCUCAAACAA